AGUGACAAAAUCAUCAGAUCUGGAGGAAGGAGAACUGAGAUGGAAUGUGGAUGAAGGAGAUUGGAGUCCAGAGAGCAGUUACAAGGCAGUUAACAGUUUAACCCAGAAGAAUCUAGAUAAAAAAUACGAUUUUCCCAUACCUUUGAAUGAAGCUUCCAAAAUAAUGAAGAAGAAAAAGAAAGAGGUUUCAGUGUGGAAUGGAGUAUACAAAGUCAUUUCUAGAAUGCUUGAAGAAAAUGAAAAAUAUAGACUCAGACUGAAUUCCCAGCGAUUAUCUGGUGAAC